CACACGGCCCCUGCUCUGUCCUCUGAGCCUCAGGCUCCUGAGGUAGACAGGGCAGGAACCAUGCUGCCCCUGGAAUGGCUCUGGAACUGGGGCUGACCCACACUUGCUCCCUGCUGGCACUGAGAACCUGAGCCAAGAUCUUGCCCACUCAGUUGUCCCUGGGUGUAUUAGGGGAGAGUGAUGCUAAGGCUGCUAGUCUUGGAGUUCUACCCAGGAUGUGAGUGUGGGGACAUCUGGGAAGGGAAGAGGCGCUGUCCUCAGAGUUCCUUCGCAGCCUGGGGGGCAGGGCAAGGGGGAGGUCAGGACCCUGGCCAGUGGGCCUGUUCUGCUGCCCCUCCAGGGGGCUCCAGGAAACAAAUGAGCAGGGGUUAUGGGUGCAGACUCCAGCCUGUCUCCAUUGGCCACCAUGGCUCCUUGGGACAAGCAAACAAUACCCCAGAAAUAAACUUGGCCUGUGUUUGAGAUAGGGACUAGUGUUUCCUGAGUGACUGCUGUGCGUGAGGCUAUGUGCUUGGAAAGAGACAGACAGACUGACAGACAGACACAGACAGAAGUGGGAGACAGGGAGGGAGGAAAAGGCCUGUGAAAUUGCCACUCCUGGCUUUCAUGAACCCAAACAUUACUCCAGAAGCCACCCAGCUCCACGUUAUCACACAGCCCAGAUUUGCCUCUGCUGCCUUCAGACUGUGACCCUGGCAAGUCAAGUAACUGUUCUGUGCCUCGGAUUCUCCAUCUGUGAGAUGGAAGUAACCAUGGCGUCUCACAGAGGUAAAAGAGGUGACUGAAGUAUGCAGGAGAGCCGUGCCUCUGACACAGUGCUGGCCGUCAUCGUUAUUGUGAACAGUCGUGCCUCUCCCCCAUCACUCCCAGUCACCAGAACGUGCUGGCCAAAGCCCUCUAUGACAACGUGGCUGAGUCCCCGGAUGAGCUCUCCUUCCGCAAGGGUGAUAUCAUGACGGUGCUGGAGCGGGACACACAGGGCCUGGACGGCUGGUGGCUCUGCUCGCUGCACGGGCGCCAAGGCAUCGUGCCUGGGAACCGCCUCAAGAUCCUGGUGGGCAUGCACGACAAGAAGCCAGCAGGGCCCGGCCCCGGCCCUCCCGCCCCCUCUGCCCCGCCUCAGCCUGGUCUCCACAACCCGGCCACCCAGUACACGUCCAUGCUGCCCACCUCAUACCCACCCCAGCCUGACAGCGUCUACCUGGUGCCCACCCCCAGCAAGACUCAACAGGGCCUCUACCAAGCCCCUGGGCCCAGCCCACAGUUCCAGUCUCCCCCAGCCAAGCAGACGUCCACAUUCUUGAAGCAGAUGCCCCAUCACCCAUUUCCCAGCCCAGCCCCAGACCUUUACCAGGUGCCCCCAGGGCCUGGCAGCCCAGCCCAGGACAUUUACCAGGUGCCACCUUCUGCUGGGAUAGGGCACGACAUCUACCAGGUGCCCCCAUCCAUGGACGCACGCAGCUGGGAGGGGACGAAGCCGCCGGCAAAGGUGGUGGGGCCCACCCGCAUGGGGCAGGGCUAUGUGUUCGAGGCCUCCCAGCCAGAGCAGGAUGAGUACGACAUCCCACGCCACCUGUUGGGCCCCGGGCCCCAGGACAUCUACGACGUGCCGCCUGUUCGGGGGCUGCUUCCCAGCCAGUACAGCCAGGAGGUAUAUGACACUCCCCCCAUGGCUGUCAAGGGUCCCAAUGGCCGGGACCCAUCGCUGGAUGUCUAUGACGUGCCCCCCAGUGUGGAGAAGGGCCUGCCACCAUCCAGCCAUCAUGCGGUGUAUGAUGUUCCUCCAUCAGUGAGCAAGGACAUGCCCGACGGCCCACUGCUGCGUGAGGAGACCUACGAUGUGCCCCCUGCCUUCGCCAAGCCCAAGCCCUUUGACCCAGCCCGCCACCCGCUGGUCCUUGCCACACCGCCCCCGGACUCGCCACCCACUGAGGAUGUGUACGACGUGCCGCCGCCCGCUCCCGACCUCUACGAUGUGCCCCCUGGCUUGCGACGGCCUGGCCCCGGCACCCUCUACGACGUGCCCCGUGAGCGGCUUCUUCCUCCUGAGGCAGCUGACAGCAGUGUGGCCGAUGACGGUGUGUACGCGGUGCCCCCGCCAGCCGAGCGAGAGGCCCCGGCCGAUGGCAAGCGCCUGUCAGCCUCCAGCACGGGCAGCACACGCAGCAGCCAGUCCGCCUCCUCCCUGGAGACGGCGGUCGCAGGCCGCGAGCCCCUGGAGCUGGAGGUGGCUGUGGAGGCUCUGGGCCGGCUGCAGCAGGGUGUGAGUGCCACCGUAGCCCACCUCUUGGACGUGGCGGGCAGUGCUGGUGGGUGCGGGGGCUGGCGCAGCACUGCCGAGCCUCAGGAGGCCCCAGUGCAGGACCUGCGGGCUGCUGUGACUGCUGUCCAGGGGGCCGUCCACGAGCUGCUGGAGUUUGCCCGCAGCGCUGUGGGCAAUGCUGCCCACACUUCUGACCGCACGCUGCAUGCCAAGCUUAGCCGGCAACUGCAGAAGAUGGAGGACGUGUACCAGACGUUGGUGGCCCACGGUCAGACCUUCGACAGUGCCCGGGGUGGCCCCGGGGCCACUCCUGAAGACCUAGACCGCUUGGUGGCCUGCUCACGGGCUGUGCCCGAGGACGCCAAGCAGCUGGCUUCCUUCUUGCAUGGCAAUGCCUCGCUGCUCUUCAGACGGACCAAGGCCCCUGUCUCAGGGCCCGAGGGGGGCGGCCCCCUGCACCCCAACCCCACUGACAAGGCCAGCAGCAUCCAGUCCCGGCCCCUGCCCUCACCCCCCAAGUUCACCUCCCAGGACUCGCCGGACGGGCAGUACGAGAACAGCGAGGGGGGCUGGAUGGAAGAUUACGACUACGUCCACCUGCAGGGGAAGGAAGAGUUUGAGAAGACCCAGAAGGAGCUGUUGGAAAAGGGCAACAUCAUGCGGCAGGGGAAGGGCCAGCUGGAGCUGCAGCAGCUGAAGCAGUUUGAGCGGCUGGAGCAGGAGGUGUCACGACCCAUAGACCACGACUUGACCAACUGGACCACGGCCCAGGCCCUGGCCCCAGGGCGGACAGGCGGCCUGGGGCCGUCGGAUCGGCAGCUGCUGCUCUUCUACCUGGAGCAGUGUGAGGCAAACCUGACCACGCUGACCAACGCGGUGGACGCCUUCUUUACCGCCGUGGCCACCAACCAACCACCCAAGAUCUUCGUGGCACACAGCAAGUUCGUCAUCCUCAGCGCCCACAAGCUGGUGUUCAUUGGGGACACACUGUCGCGACAGGCCAAGGCCGCUGACGUGCGCAGCCAGGUGACUCACUACAGCAAUCUUCUGUGCGACCUCCUGCGUGGCAUCGUGGCCACCACCAAGGCUGCUGCCUUGCAGUACCCAUCGCCCACCGCCGCCCAGGACAUGGUGGACAGGGUCAGGGAGCUGGGCCACAGCACCCAGCAAUUCCGCCGGGUCCUGGGCCAGUUGGCAGCUGCCUGAGAACCAGUGACCAGAGGGAUGGAUGUCAGGGGAGGUCCAAACUGCCCUGCGCACUCACCCCGAGAGUCGUAGUGCCACAGGCAUGGGGACAGGCAGCCCCAGCUCCACCCAGGCCUGGUGCCCCAGACUGUCCAGGGAUCUGUACAUAUUUAUGACGGGGCAGGAUGUGGGACGAUGCCUCCUCAGAAGAGUCUAAGCCGAGCCCUGCGAGCCUAGGCCAAGGAGAGGCUGGUGGUCUCACCUGAGUGCGCGGCGGGCCUAGGGAGGGUCAGCGGGCCAGGCCAGAGCCGUGAAGGCCCCGUGACCCAUAUGGCCUUGGGUGACCCCUGGAGAUGACCCCAGCUCCCUAAGGGUGCUGCCCCCAGGGCCAGUGCAGCUGUGCGUGUUCCUUCUCAGCACUAGGAGAAUACCCUAAAAAACUAUUUUUCAUUAUUGAUUUUCCAAUCAUUGACUAAUAGUCUACAUUUAAAUAAAACUUUAAAAAUAAAAACA